AUGUUUCUCGUCGGUCUGACCGGUGGCAUAGCCUCCGGAAAGAGCACGGUUACGAAGAUAUUCCGUGAUAACGGUGUUCCGGUCAUCGAUGCCGAUGCCAUCGCCCGCCAAGUUGUCGAACCGGGGCGACCGGCGUGGCAUAAAAUAAAGGCCACCUUCGGGGACACCGUGUUCCACGACAGCGGCGAGCUGAACCGAGAGGCGCUGGGGCGCAUUAUUUUCGAUGACGUAGAGAAACGAAGACUGUUGAACGAAAUCACGCAUCCCGAAAUUCAUCGCUGCAUCUAUAAGGAGGUCAUUAAGAGUUUCUUUCUAGGGCACAACUUUGUAGUACUUGAUCUUCCGCUGCUGUUCGAAAUUCGGGUGAUGUUGAGCUACAUCCACAAAAUCAUAACCGUCACUUGCGAGGAAGAUAUUCAGGUCACUCGACUGAUGGACCGCAGUCACUACAGCGAGGCAGAAGCAAAAAAACGCAUCAAAGCACAGAUGCCACUAGAGCUGAAAUGUGAGCAAUCUCACUUCGUGAUUGAAAACUCAGGCACGCUGAGGGAUACCGAGGAGCAAACGCUUAAAAUCCUCUCCAUCCUGCAGGACAGCAACCAGCACUGGAAAAUUCGGGGUGUUAUCUUCGCCACUGCGGCUCUGCUCGUGUCCAGCAUCGCGUGGCUGCUGAACUACAAGUACAAGUGGUUCGCUGCAAACUGAUCGCCUCGCGCAUGCCCAGCUUGUGAUCAACAUCCGGUUGACCGAUUUCGGUCUCAUACCUCUCGAUCCUCCCACACCCAUAGGGUUCCGAUGUUUUAAUGUAUCGUAUUGUUUUGUUUAAUGUUUUCAUCCUCGCGUUGGCCCCCGGUGAUUAUUGUGUAGUGCUUACAUUUUCAGCUUUUUUAUCCUGUUACCUACGCAACUUUUAAUGUCGCGUGUAAAUAUCUUGCCCGCUCCCCGAUGAGAUUUAUAGAGCAAUCAGUAUAGUAGUACGCGCGUCUUCCCUAGGAAGAUGCAGAAAGACAAAUCGCAUUUGCAGAUCGAAUAGUGAAGAAGAAGACAACUUAUGUGUUCGCGUUGCACGGGUACGUGGUAUAUGUGUGUAAAAUGCAUCUAAAAAUGCACGCUUUUCAUUCGCCUCCGACUGUUCGGUGUUGCGAAGCAAAGAAAACGAAAUACAAUAAAAAAUAAGGGUUUACA